AAAUUAGUUGCAAGAUGAAUAGUACUAAUCCAUAUAGAACACUUGGUGAUGCAAAUGUUAAUUAUGAAGAGGAGGAGGCACGAGAGUGGAGACAACCAUUUUCCAGAGUAAGUAGAAGAGAUAGGCCUGAUGAAGACCCUCAGUAUAGGGAUGAAUCCGUUGAACAAGCUACAGCUAAAACAGUUCCUGAUGAAGUAUGGCUGAUUCCACCUAAUCUUCGCCCUCUUGAAAUUCUUGGUGAGAAAGAUUGUAAUAAAGCACGUAUAGAAUCCACUACAAAUACCCAUAUGAAAUAUAAUAGUAGAACAUUGCAAAUUGAAAUGUGGGGAAGAAGACAAGAUUUAGAACAAGCUCUUAAACAAUGGAACAAUCUGGCAGAGAAUAUACUUACAGAACAACAAAAAGAAAAAAGUAAAAGAAGAGUUAAAGGUUGGGCAAGACCAGAAAAAGCACUUACUGAUAAACAGUUACGCAAGUUGCAACGUAAAGAGGCACGUGAAAAAGAAGCAGAGGAUUAUCGAGGAGUUUGUGAAGACAAACCUUUCUUUGGAGUUUUCCUUUUUCCUAACGCUCAAAUACCAAUUCCAAUGAUUAUUGGUGAAAAAACAGAAAUAUUGGAUCCAAUUCGUGUUGAGACCAAAUGUUAUAUAUGGAAUGAGAACGAUUACAUAAAAGUUGCCGGUAAUACUUUAGAAUCUGUUGAAGAGGCGACAAAAAGAAUUAAAAACCUCUAUAUUAAAGCUAAUGCACUUCGACAUAUACCCCAAAAUCAAAAAGAAGCCCAUUUAAAAAAUAAACGUAGAGGAUGGAUUUAUCAUUUAGUUGAAGAACCAAAAUUUCCAUAUUUGGUUAAAAUAUCGGACAAACCAAUUUGGCUUACUGCCCCAUAUGAUUCUACAGGAAUUGUAAAAGUUUUUGAACCAGUUAUCGAUAGUAAACUUGAUGAAAUGAUUCUAAAUGAGAAAACUAAAUUUGACACUGGUAUUUUAGAAGAGAUUCGUAAUUCAAAUCCUAUAACUAUUGAAAAUGCUCUUAAACAAGCUUUAGGAACUGUUCAUUUAUUUGAUGAAGAAAUUAAAAUGCGCAUUAGAUUUGGACAUGUUUGUCUUACAGAUUUUCCAAAGGAUCCUUUAUGGCCUGUUGAAAAAUUGCAUUAUAAAGUUUUAAAUGAUUCUCGUUUACAGUCAAAGUUCAGUACAUGUGUUACUAAAGAUAUUAAAAAGAUUAAUCAAUUUUGUGCUAUUCUGGAUGGCAAAGAUGUUAAUUCUAAAGAUGGUGUUGAAAAUAAUCAAUGGGAUAAUUCUCCUAUACAAGAAUUUAAGAUUUGUGCUACUCGUGCUCCUUUGGCACGUAAUGAGAGUACUUGGGAUUGUUCAUUUGAUGUUCAAUUCAAAGAUGAUGGUAAAAUUGGAUUAUGGAGCACAGUAACUGAUGAAAAAAAUGUAAUGGAGAUAAAUAUGAUUUGUUUAGAUAAGCAAGUAUUUGAUUAUUCAUGGUGUUUGGGUAUUCAAACUGCUAAACAUCUUUCUAAUGAUAAAUUUUCUCCACAAGGAAUAUUCGUUUACAAAUUAAGAUUAAGCCCUCAAAAUCGUUUAAUAUACACCAAUACUGAUAAAGUCCAAGUCACUUCAAUCUGUCAAAAAACUAAAUGGAAAUAUUGGUGGGGUGAACAUUACGUUGUUGAGGUGACGCGAUAUGAAUAUUGGAAAUGUGAUAGUUUUAAAAAUAUUUCAGCUGGUGUAGAGAUUAUUAUGGACAAAGAGGAACCAUUCAGUGUUAGAUAUGGAGUUACGCUUUACAAAAAAUCUUGGGAUGAUGAUUUUGCCUUUAAUAGUGCUUUGAGUGUUGGAGAAGUACCUGAAUGGCAUCCUUAUGAUAUAGUUGAUGAUGAAAAAAUUGGAGGUAUAAGAGGAUUAAUUGGGGAAAUUCGCAAAUUUUUGAAUGUGCUGCAAACUAAUAUUCCAACACCUCCUGUAAAUACACCUCAAUUUGAAAUUGAAAAAGCUCAGCAAGAGUGGCUUUACAAUACAGAAAAGGAUUAG